AUGCAGGCCAUACCAGAUGCCCGUCAUCAGACGUUUGAGGAGAUCUAUGGGCCUCCCGAGAACUUUUUGGAGAUCGAAGUGAGGAAUCCUCAGACGCACGGCACAUCUCGCAAUAUGUAUACAUCGUAUGAAAUUGUCUGUCGGACCAACAUCCCAGCGUUUAAGCUGAAACACUCUGUCGUUCGUCGCCGAUACUCAGAUUUCGAAUACUUCCGAGAUAUACUGGAAAGGGAGAGCGCACGAGUCACAAUACCGCCACUUCCAGGAAAAGUGUUCACAAACCGCUUCAGCGACGAUGUGAUCGAACACCGUAGGGAAGGACUUCAGCGGUUUUUGCAAAUAGUUGUCGGUCACCCCCUACUUCAGACUGGAAGCAAAGUGCUGGCUAGCUUUGUACAAGAUCCAAACUGGGACCGUAAUGCCUGGUGA